AUGGCUACUUCGACAGCAAGCCUGUCUACAGUGCCAGGGAUCGAGGCCGGCGAUGGCACCGUGUCGACUGGCGCAGGGGGCGAAGGCGAUAUCGGAGAGGUUGCUGUUGCUGCGGCUUCGCGUACUCUGGCGGCAAGCUUCACCCAGGCACUGCCAGCCGAAGGCAGCGCCGCCCUGAAGCCCUGGGACCAUCUUCGUCGUUUAGUGGAAGCCAGGCAUCAUUCUUCGCACUUCGGGUCAGCUUCCACGGGGACUGGACAGUCGAUUGCUGGCAGUUCAUCCAGGUCCUCGGCCUUGCACUACUCCUCCCUUCUCAAGCAGAUCAGGGGCGAUGCGCCUCCCGGGGCCGAUGGUAAGCUUGAACGGCCCAGACUCGACCAAGAUGUGGCAGUAGAAGCACAUGCUCGACUCGACCGGAGCUUGGCAGAGGCAUGGGAGGAGCACAGCCAAGCUCCGCUGGAUUUCGCCCGGAACGCAUUUCUGCACCGAACCAAGAUCUACGAGGCUUUCCUGGCGCACACUUCUGGCACUUCGCACUCUGCGCUGCGACUGUUCAGCAGCCUGGAGGACAAGCUGCUGAGGCUAAAGUCUUCGCAAGCAUCCCUGCCACCUGCUUUUGAGUUGCUUCAGCUGCUGGACCCUGCCAUGUACAGCUUCAAGGAGCCACCCAUCACGUUUUGGGAUGCAUACUUCGAGUUCACCAGGGUGGCUGGCACCCACUGUUUAGAAUACGUCAUGGAGACCGCCUCUGGCUUCAUCAAGAAACGUGACUUCUGCACGUCUGCGUGGCUGCUGGCCCCCUUCCCGCAGCUCAAGCCAUUGGCGUGCAGCGGAAGUUUGGUGGCAGUGCACUGCCCGUGCUGCUACCGUCCUGGCAAGCCUUUCUGCGAUGACUGCGAUCCCAAAGGCAGCGCCGACCGCUUGCAAGGCUUGCGCGCCUUGCUGAAGGCACAUGAGCUGGACGCAUAUAUUGUCACAAGCGAGGAUGCACAUGGCUCCGAGUAUGUCGCGUCUGCGGAUGAGCGCCGGAGCUUUCUGACGGGCUUCUCGGGCAGUGCAGGUUCCGCCAUCGUGACAGAAAAACAAGCCUUGCUGUGGACGGACAGCCGCUACUUCCUCCAGGCAGAGAAGCAGCUGGCAGGUACAGAGUGGGUGCUAAUGCGUCAGUUCCAACCUUCCGUCCCCUCUCUGGCGGACUGGGUCCGGUCCAAUCUAAAUGGCAAAUGUGUUGGAGUCGAUCCAAGAUUUGUACCUGCGGAAGUUGCGAAGGAAUGGACGUCGAAGUGGGGAUCUCAUGUCUGCUUGAAAGAAGUCAAGGCAAACCUCGUCGAUGCUAUCUGGACAACACGGCCAGACGACCCUUGCAAUCCGGUGGAACUACAUCCACUCGAUUUGGCAGGUGAAUCAGUGCCGCAAAAGAUUCGAAGAGUGCGGGAAGCAGUUGACAAAGAGGGUGCCAACGUGUGUGUCGUGAGCGCGCUGGACCAGAUCGCUUGGCUUUUUAACCUCAGAGGCUCGGAUAUUGAGUACAACCCCCUGUUCUUCUCGUAUGCUGCCAUCUUUCCGGAUCGAGUUCUACUUUUUCUUCGGGGAGUCGAGGAAGGCGGGAACGGACUUUGUGCAGAAGUCCAGGCGAGCCUUGCCGAAGCUGGGGUGACUGUGAGGCCAUACAUGAGCUUCUUCGAUGAGCUGCCCAACGAGUUAGGCCCAGAAGACAAGGUAUUCCUUGACUCCUCUUUCUGUUCUUUGGCCACUCUGAGCAUGGUGAAGCCAGAGCUACGGGUGCAUGGUCUCUCGCCCAUCGAGCGCUUCAAGGCGAGCAAAAAUGCUGUGGAGAUCUCUGGUAUCAAAAAGGCUUGCAAGCGCGAUUCCAUUGCUCUUUGUGAGCUUUUUGCGAAGCUUCGACGUACCCUGUGCAGACCAAAUCAGGAUGAGACCCCUCCAACUGAAUUCGACGUUUGCCAAAUGAUGCAGGAAUUACGCCGAAAGCAGCAGCUGUACGUUGGCGACAGCUUUCACACGAUUUCAUCCGUUGGUUCAAAUUCAGCGGUGGUUCACUACCAGCCCGAACGUGACAACUCAAAGGUUCUUCAGAAGUCAGAAAUUUAUUUGAUUGACACCGGUGCGCAGUAUAAGGACGGCACGACAGAUGUGACCCGAACGGUGCACUUCGGAAAUCCGAGCGCUGAGCAGAAGCGCAUCUACACGAGGGUACUGCAAGGCCACCUCUCCUUGGCAAAGGCCGUCUUCCCAGAAGGUACUCCAGGUCUUCUGUUGGAUGCCUACGCACGGGGACCGCUGUGGCAAGAUGGGCUGCAGUACGGUCAUGGCACAGGUCAUGGCAUUGGCGCAUACCUGAACGUCCAUGAAGGACCUGCCCAGAUCGGCGGCGGCAGUGUGCCUGGAGAUCAGAUUCUCGCGAGUGAAAGGCGGCGGCGACUGUUUCUACAGCCGAUUGUUGCUGGAUCUCUUCUGUCUGACGAACCAGGUUGUUACAAGGAGGGGGAAUUCGGGGUGCGGAUCGAGUCGGACAUUCUGGCAGUGCCUGCGACGAUGCCUUACAAGAUGGCUAAUUUUCUGAAGUUUGAGUGCCUCACUUUGGUGCCCAUGUGUCGGGAGCUUGUGGAAGUGUCGCUUCUGUCCCCAGCCGAGCUUACGUGGUUGAAUGAAUAUCAUGCUCUCGUUUGGGCCGAACUCAGCGAAGUCUGGCCAGAGGGGGCAGAGCCGCGGACAUGGCUGUGGGAUGCGACCAGGCCUCUGCAUUCAGUCGUGCUGCUUUGCUGGGAGGAGUUCCGCCGCGAUGUGGAAAGCCUCCAGCAGCUCCUCGACACAUUGUGGAAGAGCUACACGCAGGAAACCCUGCGAGACAGCACCAAGGUGGGCGACCUCCUCGUCGAUUUCUGGGUUGAGGUGCUGAACUAUCGGCUCAGCGCUGCCGGCUGGAUCUCGAAAGUGGUCGUAGAGCAGGCUGCUUCUGUACCUUCCCAGCAGCAGCAAAGGAGACAGGUUCGGCAAGAGCAGCAGAAGAGAUUGAAGGAGCGCAAGCAUCGCGAGCAGGAGAUUCGCGAGCAGGAUGACCGGAAUGCAGACUCGCCGGCCGUCGAGCCGGAGGUGCAGGAGGCUGCGGAGUCGCAGGUCGAGGUUGCAGCGGAUGUCCUGGACCAAGUCACGUCCCACAGCAUUUUGUAUGUCAUGCGUCCCAACCUCCCUUUGGUGGACAGCCGCACGCUGCUUUCCUCCUUGCAUUCGCUGCCCCAGCUUCGACAGGCCCAAGCAGCCCUGGAGCAUUCCUAUGAUCUAGACCUGGCGCGGUGCUACUACACCGUUCGGUGUGCGAUGUAUCUUGUUGAAAGCUGCGUGGAGGGAGGGUCAGAGACUGGAGGCGCACUGCCCGGCCACAAGGUCAUCGAGGAUGGCAUCCACGAGCUGGACAGCUUGAUCAGCUCUAUCGAGCGAGACCACAUGAAGGUUUCUGUCUUCUUGUUCAUCUCUUCCCUCUGCUUCGCCAGGCAUCAUCACCUCUCGUCAUCUCGCACCACACCCAAUGCAGCCCAUGCGGCAAACUUUCUGGUGCCGCCUGGCGUAUUGCUUUCGUUGCUUGUCCUUCUGCGACAUCACCUUCAACCCCUGGCAGCUUCUGGACCGAGUGCUGAGCUUGAGACGAUCCAACAGCUCCAGCUUUUUGCACAGGAGACUAUUUGGCGCAUUUUCAUAUGCCUGAAGGAUUACAUCAUCUACUCGCAGCUCGCGGUCCCCGGUGGUUUCGUGUCGCUAGCACCUUCGCAGCGCACGGGGGAUCUUGGCAUAGCAGAGGGCACCGCACGGGAGUGGGCUGCGGCGGUGGGGGCGGUCAUCGUUGGAGACAUGGACAUUCUUGGAGGUCUCCAAGGUGCAGCCGCUGAAGGGGCUGCUGGGAAGGGAGUCUCAGGCUUGGAGGCUGGUGAGCUCCAUCCGUUGCGCCAGCUCUGCACCCCCAUGGAGGUGCCCUUAUCACUUCUGCCCUCCACCUUCAUUCCGCGCAUGUUGGCAUGUCCAGCUACGCUGUUGCAGCGCUCCUUGAAGAUGAACGACUAUGCUCUGAGCUGGCAGCUACUGAACCACUUCCCGGCCCUACAAGGAGAUCAUGUUGAAAUGGCCGUUCGGAUUGCAGAACAGUUCAAGGAGCUGCGACAGUUGCUCGAGACUAGAGACAAGCCGGCUGUGCAGGAAGAGGAGGAAUCUGAGUCCAAGGUUUCCAGCGAUGUAUCGGGGCUGGAUCAGCAGCUGGAGGAAGAGUUGGAGGCGUGCUUGGCAAAGCUGGCUGAGACACUUCCCGCCGCUCAAGGUGAGUCGGGAGCGCAGCAUGUGCUAGGUUGGCUAUCACGGCCGCUGCUUGCAUUCUAUGUCCUCGUUGAUCUAGCAGUGUCAGCAGCCCCAUUCAGCCAGAUGAGCACAUUCCUGCUCAAGAAAGCAACGCAUUGGCUGGUUGCCGAGGAAGUGGGCCCUGGCGUUGAACCGGUCGUCGCGGAUGCCAUGCGGAGCUUCUUCCAGACGUGGGUGGAACGGCUCUGUGUCCUGAUUGAAGUCCGUCCAGAGCUACGAGAUCGAGCCUCCCUGGCUUCUAUCAUCCUGGGCAUUGAAACUCUGCCGUCAGAGCCAGCUCUGCUGAAGUCCCACCUCAAUCGCCUGCAUACCCAGCGGCAUGCGAUCCUGUCGCUGGUGGAAAGCGUGGACUUGGUCAAGAAAGGACAAACGUCAGCUUCGCAAAGAACGCUUGUGGACUUCUUGUCAUCGGCCAUUACAUCUCUGAACCGAGAGGAGGAGGACAGUUCCAAGGCCCAUCCCCUUGUCAGUGUGGCAAGAAGUCUGGAGUACAACAUCUUUUUCAAUGAUGGAGCAGAUUACAUGACCU